CCAACGCAAUCCAUGGAGAGCUAGAGCCUCCCUUUUAAGUUGCGCGGCACUUGUCAUGCGCGUCCACAUCCCGGCCUAGCUAGUAGAUAGCUAGCUCCUCUACAACGACAAACCCAUUCUUCGAUCACCACGGCGACAAGAUCCCAUUUAUACGCACAACGAGGGAUCGAUGCCUUGCUUGGCGCACGACUACCACCCCAGCAGGCUCCCAGCAGCCACUGCUAAUCACUGCAAGUCCCUCUCGUCCCUCGUCAGGGAGGCCUACGCGCACUGCCAUGUCCCCUGCGUCCGGAUCCCCGGCGCCGCCGGGUGGAGCUCCGGCGAGGACACCGACGACGACGACGACGACGCGCUUGACACGAAGCAGGUGGUACUGAACGAGAUGAGGAACCGGGAGAUGAAGCGGCGCUCAUCAAGGUCCAGCGUGGAGUAUUACUCCCCGACGACUCUCUCCAGCGCCUUCAUCUGGUCCUUCACUCCGCUCGAUGCAAGAAGCGUCCUCCUCGAGAAGCUCUCGAGCCCCGAGAAGAACUGCAUCGUGGUGGAGGAGGAAGGGGAGAAGAAGAAGGAGGAGGAGGAGGAGGGAGAGAUGGAUCAGGCGGACGACGAUGGCGUCGAGAGCGAGGCGUACUUCUCGGUGAAGAGCUUCUUCACGCGCAGCACGAGCAGGGCGGCGACCGUGGCGUCGUCGGCGGCGGACGUGGACCACCCGUCGCCGGCGGCGUGGGAGGGGCUGCGGAACUGCGAUGGGUGGCCGUUCGGGCUCUGCCGCCGCCCCGCCGUGCCGCCGCUGCCCAACACGCCGGCCGACUCGUGGAAAUGGCGCAACCGGAGCAGCAGCGCAACAGCCUCGCCGCGCGGCCGGCCUGACCGGAGCCCGGCUCCUGCCUGCGGUUACAAGGUCGCUACCACUGGUUAACCCACCGGGCCGGCGUCACCAUUAAUCAGGAAGAACCUUGCACACAAUGAACCGUCCACUGUGGCAGAUACCGCUGAGAUGUGACGACGAUGUUGGCAUGUUUUCAGGUAUAGUUGAGGAGAUGAUUUGGGAGUGCUUCUUGUGAUCUUGUUGUUGUAUCUCCGUGGAAGUAUCUGUAUUUAAUUUCCAGGUGUCCGAGCAACUAAUAGUGAUAUCAAUAACUACUCAGGUGUAAUUUGAGAUUUCAGAGCAGCAUGAAUGGCUCUGUUUCCAUUUCUUUUUGGAGUCCCUU